AAAUGAAUACAAAAAGUUUGGUAUGUCUGGUGGCUAUCUUGGGAAUGGUUCUGCCACAGUUAUACAGGACUUGGCACUGGAGACAAGAUCACCUUGAACUAUUUGAUCUCUCUACAGCAUUGCAAAAGAACAAUACAGAUUUUUAUGCAUGGCUAGGUGUUGAACCAACAGCCACUACAGCAGAGAUAAGUAAAGCUCAUCGCCAACUUGUGUUCAAAUUACAUCCAGAGACUUCCGCUGAACCUGCCGAAAAGUUUGAGAUUACCAACAAGGUUGCCUAUAUGUUACGAUCCCCACAAUUACGAUCCUUGUACAAUGAUAUUUUACAACAGGGCCAUUUACCUUUCUUUAAGGGCGUGUUUUAUUAUUAUACACGCUACAAGCUUGUCUGCAUGGGCAUCUUGAUAUGCGUUGCUGUGACGCUGUUGGACUAUUUAAAAGCUUGGGAGAAAUAUUUUACCGAAAAGAUCACGAUUGAGCAAUUCAUCCUAAAUGCGAAAUCCAUGGCACAAAAGAUGUCAGCUAAGCAUGCGUCGGCCAAGACACACAAGAGUUUUAUUGAUUUAGGAGAUCGUACAUUGAACUGUGAGAUCACCGAGGCGAAAGAAAUCUUUAUUUUGAACGAAAAGAAUGAAAGGGUUCCAUUGACUGUAGCUCAUAUUUUACCUAUGCCUAGUAUCUGGGACACUUUACUGAUGCGUAUUCCUAAAAAGUACAUAUUGCCCUGAACGCACAUAUCACAAGGUUUAUCUUCUUUGCCCUAGAACUGUAAUUAAAUUAUAAAUUCUUUUACUUUUCUUUUUAUUUUCAACGCACUUUUUAUUUAUUGAUAUUACGUAUAGUACCAUAUCAUUUAUUCCUCUAGCAUGUCAUAUAUAUUAUCCAAAAGCCAUAUAAUCAUUUAGUAUAAAUACCUGUAGUUUUCUCUGGUAGAAUUCCCCAAUCAAUUUUUUCUCGAAAUAAAAGAUGUACACAGUUCCCUAUAA